AUGGCCGGUGCUAUGGUUCGCCUAGGCCUGCUGGCCAGCUUGCUUUUCCCCGCCUGGGCGGACACACCCUACCAGCAGCCAGAGCAGAUCCACAUCGGCCUCGGGGGGAAGCCAGGUGAGAUGACCGUGCAUUGGUCCACCAUCCAGGAGAGCUACUUGCGAAAUCAGACUGCGUAUGAUCCUGGUGAUUCUUUCGUGAUGUACGGCCUCUCCAAAGAUGCGCUCACGAGGACGUCGAAUGGCACUUCAUUCCUCUUCCAGGACUUCGGCGAUGAGCACCGGAACUUCACCAUGCACAUUGCGACGAUGACAGACCUGCUGCCAAACAAGAUCUACUACUAUGUGGUAGGUGGAGUCUUGCUUGCAAAGGCAAGG